CUCCUCUCAUUCACUCUCUCACACACUCACAAAUGUCUCCCUCUGUCCAGACGAUCCGCUGGGGAAUCAUCUCCACAGGAGGUAUCUCCACUGCCUUCUCGAGAGAUCUGCUCGUGAAUCCCGCCACGCGAGAUGCCAACGACAUCGAACAUCGCAUCACGGCCAUUGGCUCGCGAACCAAAGAAUCUGCUCAAGCGUUCCUUGACAAGUUGAACGACUUGCCCCAGGACGAAGCCUGUCGAUGGGGUGUCGAUCACGGCAAACUCAAGGACUGUAAAGCUUAUGGAUCGUACCAAGAAGUAUACGACGAUCCAAAUGUCGACUGUUUGUAUAUUGGUACCCCGCACAACUUUCACUAUGAGAACACCAAGGGCGGUCUGCAAGGCGGCAAGCACGUCUUGUGUGAAAAGCCCUUCACCUUUGAUCUCAAAGAGUUGGACGAGCUGAUCGCGCUCGCCAAGGAGAAGAAGAGGUUUUUGAUGGAAGCCGUAUGGACCCGAUUCCAACCCAUCGCUUACGAGGUUCAACAAAUCGUCCACUCGGGCAAACUUGGCAAGGUCAAGCGAUUCUCAGCAGACUUUUCGACCGACAUGAAGCCAGAUAACUUUCCACUGUCGCAUCGAAUCAUCGCGCCCGAGCUCGCGGGAGGCGGAAUUCUCGAUCUUGGCCCGUAUCCAUCGGUCUGGACCAUGAUGGUGCUUUACCAUCACCCGGACAACAAGAAAACCCCGCCCAAAUUGCUUCAAUCGCGACAGACACUAUACCACCGAACCAACGUGGACGAGCAAACCACCUUGACUCUAGGAUUCGAAGCGCUCAAUGUCGAAGCGGACCUCAGAACCAGCUUCACAUGCCAGGGUCUAGCAGGCAACUGCGUGGCGGUUCAGUGCGAAGAAGGAGAUCUGAUCAUUGAUUUCCCGCCUUACAAACCUACAACGUACCAUGUCGUUCCUCAUGCCGAUGUCGGCAAGAUUAAAGAGGCCAAGACGUACCAUGCGAAGACGCAUCCGGGUGGCGCGAUGCACUACGAGGCGGAUGAAGUGGCGCGUUGUGUGCGGGACGGCAAGUUGGAGUCGGAGCGAAUGCCAUGGGAGGAGAGCAGGAUUGUGCAGAGCUGGUUUGAUGAUGUGAGACGGGCCGGAAACACGGUGUUGAAGGACAGGCAUGGCAAGGCGGGCUAGUGAGGAUCGAGGAAUAAGACUGCGUAAACUUUAGUGAAUGAAAGAGUUGGAAUGUCUUAUGGUCUCAGGGGGUAUCCUUCCAAGGAUGUUCUGCUAUCAGU